UCAACUGAUGCUAAGCGGAAGUUAAUCUUACAGUGAGGCGAGUGGUGACCCGACCAUGGCGUCCUUGCUGGACUACGAAGUAGGAACAGCUAGAAAACAUGUUCAUUGGCGAACAUUUAUGGUCCUCUUUAGCGUCUUUGUAUUUCUGAAGGCGCCACAGACAGUCCUUGCCAAGAAGGAUAGUCUCAAAGAGGUAACAGACGGAAACUGGGAAGACAUACUGACCGGAGAAUGGAUGAUAGAAUUCUUUGCCCCAUGGUGCCCUGCAUGUCGACAACUGCAGCCUGUGUGGGGGGAGUUCGCCGAGUGGGGGGAGGAUUUGGGCAUCAACAUCGCCAAGGUGGAUGUCACCGAGCAGCCAGGACUAAGUGGCAGAUUUAUCAUCACCUCCCUUCCUACCAUCUACCACUGUAAAGAUGGUGUGUUUCGGCGGUACCAGGGACCACGCACCAAAGAGGACUUCCUUAGCUUCAUUGAUGAAAAGAAAUGGCAGACUAUCGAACCAGUGUCCUCAUGGUUCGGUCCAUCCUCCUUUUUGAUGAACUCCAUGUCUGCACUCUUCAAGCUCUCCAUGUUCAUACGGCAUUGCCACAACUAUCUGACCGAGCAGUUGGGCAUCCCUGUGUGGGGGUCCUAUGUGAUCUUUGCCCUGGCCACUCUCUUCUCUGGUCUAGUCCUGGGACUGAUACUGGUGUUCAUCGCUGACUUUGUCUUCCCAUCUAGAAGAUUCCAAAGUAACUACUACCAAAGUAGAAAGCAGCUGUCUGAGGCGCGUCUGAGGCAGCAGCUGGAGGACGAGCAGAUGGCCGACGGCGAGGAAGACGACGAAGAGGAGGAGGACGAGGAGGACGAGAACGGCUCGCGGGAGGACCUGUGGCGCAAGGGCCGCCGCUCGCCCGAGGGCCUCCCUGAAACGUUCGGCGAUGAGGCGCUCAGGAGGAGGGUGCUGGCCGCCCGGCAGGAGGAGGAGGAGGACACCUAGAGGAGGAGGCGCCCGGCGGCAGAGCUGUAAACACGUGCCUCGCCAUGGCAACUCCAAUCAGCAGCUUUCUUUUUUGGGGGGGGGGGGGAGGGGGGGGGCUGAAGAGGUGGAAUCUAAAGCCCUUGAAAGUAAAAACACCACCGAUGCCACCGAUCGCUAUGCCAAGGAGAAGCGCUGACGCAGACGCGAAAAAGAGCUGAAGCAGAGUUUACAGACGCAGAGCCGGCACGGAGGCCCUGGCAAACUCCAACGCCUUGCUUUCUCUGAACUUCUCCCUUUGUAUCUCCAUCUCUCUUGCUCUCUUUUUCUCUCACUCACCCUCUCUUUUGUUCUUUCUUUCUUUCUUGUUCUUUCACUCUUGCUGUCUCUCGUUGCCAGUCCCACACCAGGAGCCGUGCUGGACUCUACCGACAUUUCACGCAAAACACAUCCUCUUUCAACACUGUCAACACUUCAAGCAUUGUUUAUUAUUAUUUUUUUCCUGUCUUUUAUUUUUUUAUAUGAAUGAGUAAAGAUCAGUGUGUUGGC